AUGUUUACAAACCAGACCUCUCAGCGGCGUCCCAGUGGUGCUCCGAAUAACCCAGGUCAAGGUGCUGCCAGUACUAGUGUGGGGGUUGAUCAAGACAACCAACAGCAAAUAACAGAGGCGUACCGUGCUCAAUUACACUCCAUUCCACACUUGUCCCCACUCCAUCGUGUUGGGAAUAACUUGAACCCGCUGCAGCACGAUGAUCCGUUCACAAAUAGUCAAGGAUUCCCUACCCCUUCACCGGACCUUCGUCACCUGCAGGGAUUUCCUACGCCGUCGCCAGAUCUUGGUCGUCAAGGGCCAUAUAUGUAUGGUGGUGGACAACAGCAGACACCCGCGCUGCUUAGCAUGAGAUCUGGUGGUCCGAGUCAAGGUGGUUCUCCAGAUGAGUAUCAGCAACGCUAUUUGUUUCAUCAGCAAAAAGCAGCACCGCAAAUGAAUCAAGGUCCAUACCAGCAUGGCUCCCACACGUAUGACGAACAGUUGCAGAAUCUUAACUCUAUGGUCGCGAAACUCGUCUUUGAGGUAGCAAUGCUGUCGGAAAGUAACCAACAAAUUCUUCUUGUUAAUGCACAACACUCUGUCGCCAACGAUACACUUACCUUGCAAGUCAAGACCUUAGAAGAUCAAGUUCAAACAUUGAAAACUGAUAUCUCGGAGUUGCAACUUGAAGCUACUGCAAAAUCGCAGAAGAAAUCGAGCGGAAAGAACAUUUCCAAUGACCACCCCGCCUUAAAAGUCGGUGCCAUUCAACCACUAGAGAAUGGAGCAUUUUACGAGACAAGCGAAUCUGGAGGCAAGACGAUCCAAGUCUGGCACCCAAACUGGUUGGGACAAGUAGAUGAAAGCGUGAAUGCAAAGUUCAUAAAAGAGGUUGCUGACUGUGUCUAUAAUGAUGAGAAGCACUGCCGCGAGAGCCUCCACACAAAGGGGGAGAUCCCUGACGAGGACUUUAAUAUGCAGGUCAUUAUGCAAUGCACGAAGGAUUACUUUCGCAACAUACACAAGCAAGUGUUGAGUCGUAGUGAUGUCGGAAAGGCCAAGAAGGCCCAGGAGAAGAAGGAUCAAAUUCGUCAGCGGACUCGUCGUCAAACAGCUACAAAAAACCGUCGGCUAGCAGCGCUUGACUGGGAAAAAGAGACUGGUAACGUUGGAGCUGUUGCAAUGAUAGACACAGAUUUUGCAUCCGACAUCUUGUCAUAUGAUGAGGGUGAUCUGAGCGAGGACAAGUUGAAUCGAAGAGCGAAGUCUGGGGCAGGCAAAGGUGCAAAUAUGGCUGUGGGGUUGGAAUGGCGUUCACCUCAAUUUGUCGCAUUUGGACGAUUCCUAACGCUCCGGAGCUUGAAGACUCCAGAUGACAGCAAAAAGGCACUGUCAGAGGCAAACACCGCAGCUACUACAGAGGGAACGUCAUCAGCAACAAAUCCAGGCACCAGAGAGCGUCCAAGUAAGCGUCGUAGGACCACAGCAGGCCAAAACAAGAAGUUGAUCAAGAAGACUUUUGACAUCAACCCCGAUCAAAUGAACAAGAAUCCCCCAAAGUCGGCAAGGAAAAACGCACCAUUUGAGAAUAUGGUCGCUAAUCACUGGAAGAAAGCUCACCCUAUCUAUUUGGUGUUCCGGGUGCGCCCCCGUAAGCAUCACCCUGUCACCCCAUUUAACUAA